GUCCGUCUCCUUCCUCUCUUAUCCGCUUCCUCUUCCCAGUACGGCCGCACCCCCCUCCCCGCGCUCCCGCUCCUCCGCCAUGCGUUCCACGCUAGCUAGUAACAUCUCCCUCAGCGAAGAGACCUAGCUAGGCAAGGCGAGGCCGCAUUUGCAGCUCAAUUAGGGGCGAUGUCGUGUCUCGCGCCGCAGUUCAAGUGGCCCCGUUCCCCCCGAGCGGCGGUGUCCAGGGAGACCGGUGCCGCCGGCUGCGGCAGCUUCCGACCAGGGAGGGUACACUGCGCGGUGUCCUCCGCAGCCGUCGUCGAGGCCGAGCGCUUGGAAUCCUUCGCCGCCGGGGCGACGCGCCUCGUGUACGACGGUGCCGUCGGGCCUCCUCCUCUCCCGGGAGAUUUUGGGGAGGCGCUUCUCAACCAAGAGGCCGUGGUGGCGGCCGCAGCCGCAGAGGCCGUAGCAUUAGCUCGAGCAGCCGCAGAGGUAGCCGGAGAAGUUGCCCGGAUGGCGCAGACUGACCAGUACCGGCCAGACAUCGACAGCCAUGACGCGGUGGACAACUACUUGACGAGAGAGAUUCUUCGCACCGAGGCGAGAUCGUCGGGGGCCGCUCCGUAUGCCGAUGUCGCUUUGCUGGACGAUGCUGGGUUUGUCAGUAUCUUCAGCGACGAAUCCGAGUCAGACGAGGAGGAACAGGGCGCCCCGGCCGUGGCUGUCAAGUCGGCGCGUCAGUUCGAGCGAAGAGCUCGGAGGGUGAGGGCGGCGAUGAAGGCUGCUAAAUCCUUGAGUGCUCGGUGGCCCGUGACGGGCUCCUCGAGGAAGAAGAGGGUGAAGGGCUGCCGGAAUCCAUUGGGCUGCUUCUACAAGAUGUCUGCACGGAGGCUUCUGACGGCGAAACAAGAAGUUGAGCUGUCAGAAGGUAUUCAGGAUUUUCUGAAGUUGGAGGCUAUCCAAAAGGAGGUUGCACACUACAACGGCGGUGAACCAACCUUCACUCAGUGGGCUGCAGCAGCUGGCACUGAUGAGAACACUUUGCGGAAACGUCUCAGCUAUGGAAUUUACUGCAAGAACAUGAUGGUCAAAUCUAAUGUUCGACUUGUAAUCUCAAUCGCCAAAGAGUUUGAAGGCCCUGGGACGGAAUUUUCUGAUCUUAUUCAGGAAGGAAUGCAGGGCCUUAUAAGGGGUGCUGAAAAGUUUGAUGCUUCGAAGGGUUUUAGAUUCUCUACAUAUUCUCAUUGGUGGAUCAAGCAAGCAAUACGCAAGUCUGUUCUAGAACAAACACAAAUAAUUCGCUUGCCGACACACAUGGCUGAAGCAAGUUCUCGAGUGAAGGAAUGCCGGCGGCGACUCCGCCGGCAGCUGAAUAGACUACCCACCAACGAAGAAAUCGCAUCGGACACCGGCUUGACAACGAGACGGGUCGAAGCAGCAAUGUCCCUCCCAAGAUACAGUGUGUCCCUUUCGGGCAAGGUCGGGUGCACAGACGUAACAUACCAGGAGAUCAUGCCGGACAAGAGCACUGAGACAGCCGAGGAGACACUGCACAGAUGGUUCAUGAAGAAAGACGUCGACACAGCGCUCGACAGCCUGAGCCCUCGGGAGAGGGAGGUGAUCAGAUACAGGUUCGGGAUGGACGACGGUAGGAUGAGGACCCUGCACAAUAUCGGGGAGCUGAUGGGGGUGAGCAGAGAGAGGAUCCGGCAGAUCGAGAUGGCCGCGUUCCGGAAGCUGAGGAGCAAGAAGAAGGUUACGUCGCUGCAGCAGUACCUGGAGCCGGCGGAGAGCUGGUAGCCGUGCUGCGCGCAUUGCGAUCAUUUUUUGGAGGACUAUAUUAACGUGUACGAUUCACUCUUGAGCCUCUUGUACACUCGUGUAGUACAGUAUAUAAAUGUGUAAAGGAAACAAAAUCAGUUUUUUCAACCUAAUACUCCAUUCCACACAAUUGGUUGUGCGUGUCUA